UAAGCUUUGGUUACAUUGGGUCUACAUUUUGCCCUUUAUUUCAAACUCUACAGCUUCAGUGUGAACUGCAAUCACCCAGUUUGGAAAGUAGUUUAAGCCUUUUUUUUUGAAGAUGGAGAAGUGCAGUUCGAGAUUGAUUUAUGUAUUGACCCUAGUCAUGUUUUUGAGUGUCUGUGCUUCUGAAACAAAAACCAAGGCAAAGAGUGUAACAUCUCCAUUCAACCAGCAAGAAGAUCAAGUGGUUUUUGAUCAAAAAAAGAUCAUUGGGGAUGCUGGACUUAGUGACUUUGAUCAAGAUGAAUUCCAUAUGGCGAUGUCAAAAGGAGAUUAUAUGGAGGAUGCAGAUGGAGGUUCUGUGCACACACCAGCUGAGUUUUCUGGCACUCACCCGACUACAGCACCUCAGUCAAACCUGCCAAAUUUGAGUCUGACAUCUAAUGUAGAAAAAGAUGGCAGUGCUGAUGGAAUCCUCACUAAAAACAAUGUCACAGAACAAGACAUCACAAGGAUCUACAACCCUCUGUUCCCAGUGACAAACAGCUCUUACAGUGCCUAUGGGAUUCUGUUUCUGGCAUUUGUAGUGUUUGCUGUAGGGAUUGUGGGUAAUCUUGCUGUCAUGUGCAUUGUUUGGCAUAACUACUUCAUGAGGAGUGCAUGGAACUACAUCCUGGCCAGCCUGGCUUUCUGGGACUUCCUGGUCCUGUGUUUCUGCCUGCCUGUGGUGGUGUUUAAUGAACUCACCCACAAACGGCUACUGGGGGAUUUUUCUUGCAAGGUUGUACCCUACAUGGAGGUGACAUCACUAGGCGUGACAUCCUUCAGUCUGUGUGCACUUGGUAUCGACCGUUUUCAUGCAGCCACCAGCUCCCUCCCGAAGGCCCGGCGAGUGGAGCAUUGCCAGUCCGUCCUGGCCAAACUGGCAGUGGUGUGGGUCGGUUCCAUGGUCCUUGCAGCCCCAGAGCUGCUCAUAUGGCAGCUACAACAAGUCAAAUCCCCUUCUCUGGGUGUCCAGGUGGAUGUCUGCAUCAUGAGCCCGUACCCAAACCUCCCAGAAUCUAUUUACUCCCUGAUCAUCAACUACCAUGACACUCGCAUCUGGUGGUACUUUGGCUGUUACUUCUGCCUGCCUGUAGUCUUCACCUUGCUUUGUCAGCUGGCCACCUGCCAUGUCUCCAGCGAUAGUGGAAGCUUUGGUAAGCGGACCGAAGAGCGUUCUCCAUCCACAAAGCAGAAACUUCAACAUGCACAGCAGGUUGAACGGCAACUGAACUGUACCGUCAUGGCACUGGCUGUGGUUUAUGGGGUGUGUGCACUGCCUGAGAACGUAUGCAACCUUACGCUAACAUACGCUUCUAUACAGCCAUCCAAGGACGUUUUGGCUCUCCUCACUCUGAUAAAUCAGUUUUUCUUAUUCUUUAAGUCAUCUGUGACGCCAGUGCUCUUGCUGUGUCUGUGUAAGACUCUGGGCCAGGCAUUUAUGGACUGCUGUUGCUGCUGCUGUGAGGAAUGCCAACCUAGCACCUCCUCUUCCUCCCAAAACAUUACUGAAAGCAAGCAUGAGAUGUCCUCAUCUAUUUUCUUUGACAAAGCCAAGGACAGCACGACCAUAUUGUCUAUUGGCAGCUGAGUCAGCAGACCUUGCUUUGAAGUGAUAAGGUCACAAGAUGACCAUGAAUUAUUUCUCACAUCCACUUUCAUCACAUCUCUUAUUAGUGACCAUGAGGUUUUUUUCCCCCGGGCUCACUGUCUGAUGGGAAAAUUCACUGAGCUCUUAGAUGGUGCUAGAAGUUGUCCCUUUGCUGCUCUGAAGCUUAUUUUAAAAGGAGGAAGAAUUCAGCAUGCUUAAACAAUCAGCAUAAGCAGUCACUUACAGGCAGAACCCACUUCAAACACAAAUUUAGUUCCUUAGCUUGACUAGCACCGUUUUGUCAUAAAUUUAAAGAUACUGUAAUAUUCUCGCAAGAUAGAUUUGGGUUUUGUACUUUAAAUCAUUAACAUUUUCUGUCAACAGGAUAUCAUGUCAAGCCUCUAUAGACUGUUAGCUCAUAUGGCCUGUCACACUGUUUGUCAGCUUUGUAUAAAAAUUGUGACUUUUAUUAGAAGUUCUUUUAGUGAUGAUUUAGUGAUGAUUUUCAACAUUUUCUAAAUACCUGACCAGCAAUGAAUAAUUCAUAUAAAUUUAAUUUGUUCAGAUAGGUUUAUCUUUUCAAGAUACUCAUUUUUGAGACAUGGGGUUGUUCAUGUAACAAAUAGCUCUGGUUAAUAAUUGAUGCCAUAGUUUUGUUUUUAUGUAACAGCUUGUCUAGUUUGUGUACUCUUAAUUAUAAAAUGUUGUACAUGCACUGAAUUGUUUUAUUAGAUUGUAAAUAAACUUAAGAAACACAAAACCUGAAAGUGCUA